UAAGUGGGAAUUAAAUUUGCAAGGAUUUUGAAAAGUGGCGCUGCUGGCGCAUCUUUUAGCUUCGUAUAGAAAAACAGCGCGUAAUUCAAAUUCAAUGGGAAUCUCGUUCCAGCGUUGGUUGCAAGCAAUCUAUGGUGGGAGAAGGGGGUGUUAGCGUAUAGGGCUGGUUGCUGAUCGCCGGCAGUCGUCGCUGCGGCGUUGCUGCAGUUUGUACAACGAACUUUAAGAAGUUAUCAGAGAACGGAGAAGCACGACACGACGAUAGAAUCCGGUGGUGCUUCCAUAUAAAUCUCGUAUUAUAAUAAAUAUAUAUCGCAAUUACGUGUUAUCGUUGGUGUUGUUUCCUUAUUCGUAAAAACAAAAAGCAUACACAAACUUUGUAUAAAUAAACAUCGAACGAAGCGGACAAGGACCAAACCAAAACUAUUUUUUUCUCUCAAAGAAAGAAGAGUCCUGUAGACGAAUAACGACAAAGCCUCUUUACUUCUUCGUGUCGAAGUGAAAUCAGUCGAAGAAAAACCGUGGGAGAGUGUACAUGGAUUGGGAGAACGAAUAAAUUUUCGUACAAAUGGCAAGGACGAUAUGAAUGAUUCAUCGACGGUCAUCGAGCGGCAGCUCGAUAUGGAUGUAACUCUCGAGGACAACAAUUUGAAAGUAUUGCCAAUGCAAAAUGUGGCACGCCAAGAUUCGGGAGUCCCAGAGGAUCUUGUAUCUCCGGUUUGUGAUGCUAACAAGUCGUUGGACGACGAGGAUCCAGACUGUACUAUGAACAGUGAUUGUAAUAUUACGGUGAUACACGUUACCGAAUCGGAGAAUCGAAAUAAGGAAGAAGAUAGAUCUUCGUCUACGUCGUUGAUUAACGUUGAUAGGAAAGAGUACACGGGUGAGAGCAAGGAUAGCAAAGAUGGAAGCGAUAGUGGAGUCGAGGGUUGCGCGACUGAAGUACCAAGAGUACGUAGCCGAAACAGUAUAGACUAUGCCAGCAGUUGUGGAGGUCUCGACGAAGCUUCCUGCGAUUCGAGUUUAGUUAGUUGUUGUUCCGUAUACGAGGAUCCAUGUGCAACGCUUCCGGACGACGUUAGAUUAACAACAGGGGGUGAAGGUACGAGCGAAGGUGGUAGCGAGAGUUCGUCGAUCGCUGGUAGCGUUUCAGCCAGGGCAAAUCGUAGUAACGCUAAAAGGACCUCGACCGUUUCGAGCUCGAGUAAAAAGAAAACGAUUAACAGCGAGACACCGAAGACGAGCCGCGUGAAACCAGCUCUUUUGAACGCUAAUUACGUACCAACGACUCCACGUUCGAAACCAAGGAUCAAUACGCCAAGAAAUAUUGUUGGUAAAACGCAGCCGGUUGUAAGGGACAGAGCUAGGUCUAGGGAGAAAUCAGGUGCGAGAGAGUCGAAUUGCGAGAGUACAACCGGUAAUACUCGUAUGUCGUCAAAUUUUCGUUCUGCUAGUGGCACGGUACAACAGAGAACGAGAACAAGACCAAUCCCACCAGAUUCACUGCCUUCGGUAUUGACUACGGAAAUAAACAAGGAUCUUGCUCAACGCGGUAGAGGUGGUUCGAGCGGUUCGAGAUCUCGUGGUGGUUCUAGUACUAGAAUAACUCGAACCCCGGGUUCAACCCCGUCCGAGGAGACACGUAAACCAUUGCCAAGUUCGCGUACCCUUUAUAAUACCGGUAGGACCGAACCGGUAAAGAAUUCACGUUUGGACAAAAUGACUAUUAGUUUGGACAACAAAGCAUUGGAUGCUUACGCAACGUUACCACGUAGAAAUAAGAAUAAAAUGACGAUUGUUAAGACUAAUGAGAAGACUGACAAGAUGGUCAGGAGUAGGUCAGGUAGCAGAGACGGUAGUAUUGGUAGACAACCAGAAAAAAAGGCACUAAGUGCUAGGGAUUCCGUUCAUAAGAGUUUACCGCCUUAUCCUAGAAAUAAACCAAUCGAAAAGACAAGGAUUUAUCAUGAAAUCGGAAUACAAACGGGCUUGACCGGCAACGACAUAGACAAUGCAUUGUCCGGUAUACCCAGUGCCGUCCCAGGACCCGAUAUAAUCGAACGUUUGCACGAAGCUGUACAGACCGAUGGCACGUGGGAGGACAUGCAGACAAUGCAGAAUGAUUUGAAACGUUUGAACGAGGAAACCAACGUCAAAAAGGAAGAAAAUGAUAAGCUCAAAACUGAAAUAGUCGAGGUUAAACGUCUCUUGGAGGAAGAACAGGCUGAUCAUGCAUUCGCACGGCAAGAAUUAGAUAGAAACGCUCGAAGAGUUUUGGCGAUGUUGGGGACACCACAAUCAGAACAUGCAGAGGGUAGCGACAGUUUCUUAGAAUUGGAGUCUCAUUUGCAAUCUUCGGGACAAGUUGUUGCCAAUCAGCAAAUCGAAAUAGCCGAUCUGCAAUCACUUUGUCGUAUGCUUAGCAGGGAUUUGGAAAAGAGUUUGGCAGCGCAAAAAGCUUUGUUACAACAACAACAGGAAUUGGAGGCUGAGUCCGCGGAGAUGCAAGAUUUUCUUCAACAAGAAAAAACAACUCUGGCAGACGCGUUAAAGGAUGCCGAGAUCGAGCUAAAGAAAAAAGAAGAAGCUUUGACUCAACGAGAUGCGGAAUUGGAAAGGCAGACGGAGGAAUGUAAACAUUUAGUCCGAAUCAGUGAACAGCGAAGGCAAGAGAAUUUAUCUUUGAACAUGAAAUUAAAUGCGGUAGAACGAAAAGGGCGAGAACUUUUAUUAACCCAAGGCGCUACCAUAUCUGGCGCAUCAGUGGCACUUUCAGGUCUGGGGACUCGAUUGGAGGGAUUGGUAGAUCAAUUAAUAACAUCUUACAAUAUUUCAGUAAAAGAUCUCGAGGAUGUGGUAUAUCACAACGAAGCAUACAGUCGAAGCAACAGUAGUAUAGAAUCGAGUCCUGUUAGCUCAAAGAAUAGCUUGAAAGAAUGUACUCCUAGUCCAAAAAGUGGUUCUUUUGUUUCCGCUGUUAUCGGUGCAAUCCGUAACGCAGCGACACAUCCCUUUGUAACGAAGACUGCUGAUAAAAAGUCAUCUAUAGAAUCGGCGAAACAAAUGUACAAAGACAUAAGUAUGGACUCGUCUUCCGAUCUACUCGAUUUUGAAACCGAACCGUGUUUGAUGAUGGAAAGCGUUUUGGAAGACGUUACCUUGCCGGAUACUUAUUCGCACAAUAUGAUAUCUAGUAGCGACUCUCUUCGUAGAGCUUUAAGCUUUCCAGAAACCGUCGAUGAAAAUAGUAUUAAGAAGACAAAAGCACUCGACGAAUGUACGAGUCUAACGAAUCUCACGCAGGCUAUAUUACAUCGCAGAAAAGUACAAGACGAAGAGGAAGACGAAUGUGAAUCCGUAAGUGAAUCAGACACUGGGACCAACGACGGACCACUUCCAUUAACGGAUUACUGUCCAGCAGUAAGCCUUGUCGAUCAAGUUAUAGACGUCGAUAAUCUCGUUACGAAACUUUUAAAAGUGUUACGGAUAAUACAGCUUGAAAAUGAUACGUGUAUACAAGAGUUAAAAGAAGAUAAAUGUGAUUUAGAAACAAAAUUAGAAGUUGCCUUGACCGAAUUAGAGGAGCUACGUAAGAUCGUAGAUAGUACCUAUCAAUCCGAAGAUAUUUUAUGCAAUGUGCCAGAUCGAAAGCGUAGCGUCGUGGAAAAUUGUCGUCUUCUGAUUAAGGAGGCGGGUAAGGAGGAAUUAAAAUUUGAUGAGCCCGCAGACGCUAAUAAUAGUGGCUCUCCAGAAGCUAGAAACUGUGAGGAUCUCAACGCAAACGAAGAAGCCCAAAUCUCCUCUUAAGUACACACUAUCUUUGGUACUGACAAUGUAUACAAUUAAUGUGCAACUAUUUUCUUUUCCUAUUUUUUUUUUCCUUUUCUUUCCUUUUCUUUUCUUUUCUUUUCUUUUCUUGCCCAUUCUUGUAUUCUUUCUAUCU